AUGUACGAGGAAAGGAUUGCCUGCCGCAGAAAUCCCGCUGCGGCGAUGCCCUGGACACAUAAGGAUGAGGAAGUGUGGCGGCCCCAGAUCGAGGUCUGGAAAAAGCGCCUAUUUUUGACGAGUACGAGACUUCUGCAGGUGCUUACUGAGCAUGAGUGCUUUGGUGAAUACCUGCACCGAAUAGGAAGGGAGCCCACUACGAUGUGCCACCACUGUGGCACCCCGAUGGACUCGGCGGAGCACACCUUUUUGGAGUGUCCGGCUUGGGAGGGUGCUCGUCGAGUCCUGAUGAACUUCUUAGAUCUGGACGAGAGAGAGCUGUCCCUAGAGCAUGGUUCAGGCCAUGUUUUCCGAGAUAGAAGAAAGUGGGAAGUGGCGACCUCCUGCGAGGAAGUGAUCUUGCGGAAGGAGGAUGCCGAGAGGGAGAGGGAGCGGUUGCCGGACACCGCUUUCAUGAGGAAGAGGAGAAAAGGGCGAAGAGCUUGGACGUAA